AUGUCGGACAUCAAUCUCGGAGGCGGCGAGACCGUCGCCCUACCCCCCCGCGGUGCUGGUGGUGCUGGCGGCAAGGGUCCGCAUUAGAUCAGAUCAGAUCUGAUCUGAUCUAAACAGUUUCAGAUCUGAUCUGAUCUGAUCUGACGGGGGUCAGAUCAAGUUCAGAUCAGAUCAAGUUCAGAUCAGAUCAAGUUCAGAUCAGAUCAAGUUCAGAUCAGAUCAAGUUCAGAUCAGAUCAAGUUCAGAUCAGAUCAAGUUCAGAUCAAUCAAGCCUCGAGAAAAAAAAUCCAAAAGUAGGCGGUACCUAUAGAUGGUGCCAAUGUGAUUUGAAAUGCCAACUGCGGCGCACCUGAUCACUGCAUGAGAGAGAAAGGAGCACGCCAUCUGCCAUCUGGCAUCGCCGCCGCAUUGGGUGUCGGCCCGGCGCCACAGAAAUACUACAGGGUGUGGUCCUCCUCUGUUGGGCCUUCGUUGCAGUGUCAGGUGCUGACUCAUUGCAAACACUUUCUCAUAGGGAUCAUGCGACCCAAUCCAGUCAUAGAAGCGGGAAGCUCCUCCAAAAAACGGCGGCUUAGCAAGGUGAUCACUUGGGAGGAUGAUGAGGAUGAGGAUGAGGUUGUGGAGGAAGAAGAUGAGGAUUUCAACAUGUAGACAUGUAGAAGUCUUUAUGUUCCAAAUUAGGCAAUUUCAUGUCUCAGAUCAAAUUGAUCUGCUCAGAUCAGAUCAAGAUCAGAUCAAUCAAGGCAGAAUCAGAAAAAUCCAGAUCUGAUCUGAUCUGAUCUGACGGUGAUCUGAUCUAAUGCGGAUCCUUGGCUGGCGGAGCUGUGGAUGCUGGCGGUCCUGACCUAGUACUAGCCUCUUUCGGCCGCGAACUCUACAGGAGUUUCCAGGCGGGGGCAUCGGAUUCCCAAAAGAAGUCGUUCAGUUCAUACAAGGUCACAACGUCUCACUCUCGUCCCAGUUUGGUUGCGGCCUAGGCGGACUCGCCGGUCACAGUCUCGUGAGAGCUGUUUGACAUCGCGUCCAACGCGGCGACCAGAAGCGAUACCAUUGAGUCUGUUCACACCUGGAGCCAGCAUCUAGUCUCGGCAUCGUUUGCGGAUCGACGUUCUUAGACCACCCACCCAUUCGUCCCAGCCACGAAUUCAACUCGGAUGCCUGCACUCGUUUCUCGUCGGGAGCCUUGUUUCACAAAUUUUCCAAGCGCCAGUGAGUUUAUUCGCAAUCCGCGCACCUUUGAUACGGCCAUGUUCGGCUUUACUUCCAUCACACAGCCAUGUUCGACUCUACUUCUAUUGUACGGCCACGUUCGGCUCUAUUUCAUAUGGUCACAUUCGGCUUUAUUUCGUAUGGCCAUGUUCGGCUGUACUCCUUAUGGCCAUGUUCGGCUUUAUUUUGUUUGGCCACGUUCGGCUAUACUUCUUAUGGCCAUGUUCGGCUUUAUUUCAUAUGGCCACAUUCAGCUUUAUUUCGUAUGGCCACAUUCGGCUUUAUUUCGUAUGGCCAUGUUCGGCUUUACUUCGUAUGGCCACGUUCGGCUUUACUCCGUAUGGCCAUGUUCGGCUUUACUUCCGUCACACAGCCAUGUUCGGCUCUACUUCUAUCGUACAGCCAUAUUGGCUGUACCUCUAUCAUUUGGCCAUAUUGGCUUGACUUCUAUCGUCCGGCCAUGUUGGCUUUACUUCUAUCAUACGGCCGGAUCCGUCCUCGAAUGUGGUCGCUUUCUCAAAGCCCCUCUUUGGCCCCGUAUUUUUCGGUGCCUACGUUUUCCACGCAUCCAGUGUCACCCGCCCAGGUCUUAGCUGGGCAUUCCACACAGACACUUCUUUUUUGACCUAUCUACUACAGACCCUUCUCAACGGGACACUAGUUUCCUGUUCAUGCCUCUUCCGAGUCAGCGAGAGCCCCUAGGUCGGGGUUGGAUAAGCUCUCCGCUCUCCGUUCCAUCACAGUUUACGUGCGGCGUUGACCGAUGUCGUUACGCCCCUCAACGUUAAUCGAUGGCAAUCGGCCAUGAAUCGCCUUCGCGUAUACUGUGGCAACACUUCUUUCGAGCAAGUCGCUUUGAUCCCGACCCAGAUCCGCGCGGGUUUCGACUUCGGCCUCCGUCACCUUCCCAGGGAACCUUUUGCUCCGAGCAAGCACGUUUCGGACGAUGAUGACGCAUUUCGUCAGGUAGCGGCUAGCGAAAUUCCCCGUUUCUCCAUGCAAGGGUCGCAUCGCGGAGCUUUUUGA